AUGGUGAAUAACCGCACCUACACCUUCGGGCAGGUUACCGUCAAAGCCCUUGCUGCUUCUUUUGUGUCGAUUUCUCUUCACCAGCAAAAGAUGGCACUUAAUUAUCACAAUAUUGGUUUGGCUUAA